AUGAUGAGCUCAACGCACAGUCAUGAUCUAUGCAGUCGCCGCGAGGGUGACAUCAUCUUGCACCAACAGCGAUAUUGCCUUUGUGCUGGAUUUAGUACGCUGUCGGCAUUGGUCACCAGUCUCAUACGGAUUGUCAAUCUCUUCUUGGCCAUAUUCGUGGCAACCACAGAAGAGUUCCUUGCCGUUCAGAUUUUCACCAGCGCCUUGGCAAUCUAUCAAGUAACCUGUCUAAUGAUACACAUGAAGCGAGAAGAACGAGUCAACCCAAAUACUUCACUCUACGAGUUCACCAAAUCGCAACAUGAAACCAUCAAAAUGGUUCUAGCGGUCAUUGUGGGACUGAUUAUGGCAGUAUGUCUUCCAUAUCUGACCUUUUUUACAGAUGAAAUCCAAUGGCGCCAUGCCGGUGGUGGUGUUCUCUUGUUUGUAUUCCCUGCUAGUUUCGACUACCGCAUUCGCCGAUCCAUACUGUACCUGUUGUUGGGCAUCCGACCAGAAAACAAGAACGAAACUGGUGACACUGACAUUGACAAUGGCUUCAUAUUGCUUUGGAUGGGAAAGUACUUUCAGAUGCCAGUGGAAUUGG